ACUAUACUAAAAAAAAAAAAAACCUUUCUUCUUUUAUCAUCAGCAUCAUCAUACCCGGUAUAUUCCGUUAAAAAUUUUCUCCUAUCAUCAGCAUCAUCAUACAUAGUAUAUCCCGGAAUUGCAAAAAUGGCAUACUCUAUGAUGAGUGCUACAAAUCACAAGAGAAAAUCAACCUCAUAUGAACAUGAAAAUACUUGUUUUAAAGAUAGUGAUUGGAUAAGUUUAGACCUUGAAGAUUUUAUAUCUAGUAGUGAAGAGAUUGAUGAGGAGGGUUCUUUUGUUUCUUCUUUCCAAAGUUAUUCAAUAGAAUAUGAUGGAGUUUCUAAUAUUGAUCUAUUGUAUAGAACACCCAAAAAAGUGGGGUUUAAGAAGAGAAAAACCAUGGAGCCUUUUGUAGAUCAAGAGUUGGAGGAUACUGCUUCUUCACCUGUUCAAAGUCCCAAGGUUAAUGAUUUUGAUCUCUUCUUCGCGAAGUCAAAGGAGAUAGAUAAUAAAGAUGUUAUUAGCAAGGAAAAUCGAUAUAAUUCUGAAGAAGAGCAAGAUCAUACAAACAUGAGUUUAAUUGAAUCAGAACUAAGGAAAAAAGGACUUUGUUUGAUCCCAACUUCUAUGUUACUAAAUUACCUCACUGCAAAUGUAUAAAAAUUAAUUAGCUCUAGUUUAUUAUUAAACUAGUGUAGCCCAUAUUAAUUCAUGUGAUUAUUAUUUAUUAAUUAAUUUAGCAAAUGUAAAAAUGUAUAUUUUGUUAUAAAUUAAACAUGC